AUGACACCAAACUACGAAUCCUGGUCAAAGGAUGAGCUGAUCGCACGUCUCAGAGAGCUGGAGGCCAAAAAGCACCCCAAGUCAACUCAUUCACCAACAUCUAAGAAACCAUUCCAUUUUUCAUCCCACCCGAAGCGGAAGAUCGCUAUCAAGUUCUGUUACUCGGGGUGGGAGUAUAAUGGACUGGCAUAUCAAAACGGUCCUACGCCUCUUCCAACGGUCGAGGACGUCUUGUUCAAAGCCUUUGUAAAGGCAAGGCUCGUCGAUGAAACUGGUGGCUUGGAUGGGUGUGGAUGGGAGAAAUGUGGAAGGACAGAUCGAGGAGUGAGUGCUGCUGGUCAGGUAGUUUCGUUAUGGGUUCGAAGUGCUCUCCCCACCGAAACUUCUUCCAAGGUAACAUCAUCACCAUCGUCUGAGGAGGACCUAUCUACGGAGGACGCUCCCCAAAACACCUCACUCCAGUCUUCUGCAAAACACGAGCUCCGCUACGUAUCCAUACUAAAUCGCUUGCUCCCUCCAACAAUCCGCGUCUUAGCAUGGUCUUCCAUUUCCCCCGAUUUUUCCGCUCGAUUCAACUGUAAACACAGACAUUACAAAUACUUCUUCACCUCUCAUGGACUCGAUGUAUCUCUAAUGCAAUCAGCUGCAAACCAUCUCGUCGGCGAACAUGACUUUCGCAAUAUGUGCAAGCUUGAUCCAGGAAAACAAAUCACGAACUUUCACCGCUGUGUCAUGCGCGCACAGAUCAAUCCGCUCUCUCCAGAGUCUGACGGCGAUAAUCGAGUAUACGUAUUCGAUCUCGUAGGAUCUGCUUUCCUAUACCAUCAAGUUCGACAUAUCAUGGCUGUCCUUUUCCUCGUCGGAACAGGAGUUGAACAGCCAUCCAUUAUACCAGCUCUUAUGAACGUCUUUCAUGCAGAAUCAGAUUCAUCAACUAAGUCUCCGUUGCCACUGACUGCCCUUCCUCUCAUGCUUUGGGACUGUGCAUACGCAGAUUCGGAUGUCACAUGGCAAACAGAUGGCGACGGUACAGAGAGCGGCGCCGGCUCAGAGCUCUAUCACCAACUCCAUUCUAUCCAUCAACGCUCCCUCAUCCACACAGUCCUAGACGAGCACUUCCUCACAGCUGCCACUCAAUAUCAUUCUCCACCACCUCAAUACUUCCCUUUCAGUCAGACAGGACUGACACCUCAUACGCUCCCUCAUUCGAUGUCAGGCCGAGAACCGGUCCUUGGUGUCCCACUCGGCGCAGGGACGUACAAGCGCAGCGCAAGGUACAUUCCUUUAUUGGAGAGGAAUAGACUUGAUCACGUCGAUGUGGCCAACGAACGAUGGCGAAUAGGCAGGGGGAGCAAGUAUAGCAAACAAAAGAUGCCUGAUGACGGAACUGAAUAA